CACGGCUCGGCAGGGCAGGGCCCCCCGGCGCCCCCCGCACCCUCCCGGGCUGUAGGGAGGGCGCUCCGGCUCCUGCCCCCGGCGGCGCUGCCCGGGGUCGUGCGCGAGCUGCCUUUUUUGCAAGGGGCUGAAUUUUUUUCAACCAGUUUGUGUCGCCUGUCAAGAAUUUUCAUGUGACUCUCGGAAACCUGCUGCAAAGUCGUCCCUUUUUGCUAUUCAACCCCGUUUUCUUCUCCCUUUAGCAGGUUGAAGUUCAUGAGUUCGCCCAGCCUCAGUGAUCUGGGCAAGAGAGAGCAGGCAGCCUUGGAUGAGCGGGGGACCCAGCAGCGCCGGGCCUGCUCCAACGCCACCUGGAACAGCAUCCACAAUGGAGUAAUAGCAGUGUUCCAGCGCAAGGGUCUCCCAGACCAUGAACUCUACAACCUCAACGAAGGAGUCAGGCAAUUACUGAAAACAGAACUGGGAUCCUUUUUCACUGAAUAUCUGCAGAAUCAGCUGCUCACAAAAGGCAUGGUGAUCCUAAGGGACAAGAUCCGGUUUUAUGAAGGGCAGAAACUACUGGAUACCUUAGCUGAAACCUGGGAUUUUUUCUUCAGUGAUGUCCUGCCCAUGCUUCAGGCUAUUUUCUAUCCUGUGCAGGGGAAGGAGCCCUCGGUCCGGCAGCUGGCUCUGCUGCACUUCAGGAACAUCAUCACCCUCAACAUAAAGCUGGAAGAUGCAUUAUCCCGUUCCAGAGCCAGAGUCCCACCCUCCAUCAUUCAGAUGCUGUUAAUACUCCAGGGGGUUCACGAGUCAAAAGGUGUGACUGAAGAUUACUUGAAGCUGGAAUCCCUGAUCCAGAAGGUCGUGUCUCCUUACCUGGGCACGUACGGUCUGUACUCCAGCGACGGACCCUUCACACACUCUUCCUGCAUCCUGGAGAAGAGGUUCUUCAGGCGCUCCAAGUCGGGCGACGUCCUGGCCAAGAACCCCGUGGUGAGGUCCAAGAGCUACAACAACCCGCUGCUGACGCCCGUGGCCGAGUACGAGACGGAGGGCAUGGCCUCCAACGGCACCGGCAUCCGCAGGCACUCCGUGUCCGAAAUGACCUCCUGCCUCGAGCUCCAGGGCUACUCCAACCUCACCACCAUCAUGGACAACGGCUCCAAGAGCUCCGUGACGACCACGAAGAGCUCCCUGUCCGGGGAGCAGGAGCGGCCCAGCGCCGGGUCGGGGCAGUGCUCCGGCAAGCUGGGCACGGCCGAGCAGCAGAAAGGACUCUUCCACCCCAUGGACGACCCACACAGGUCUUUUGAGCUGGACAGAGACCCUUCCUUGAUUCCAGUUCCCUCUUCCAGCCCCGAGAACAUAGUGGAUCAGAUUUUGGAGUCGAUCGACUCGGAUUCCGAAGGCAUUUUUAUCGAUUUCGGCCGGGGCUGUGCCAAUUCCUCGGCGUACAACGUGGACGUGAACAGGCAGAGCAUCAUGUGAAGGAGACUGGGAGACAAACCUUGGAUUUUAGUAUUAUGUAUGGAAGUUACUAACACUAGGAGUCAGACUGUGGGCCAGCUGUUUAUUCCAGGGCAGAACCUCUGCUGUGGGUCACCAGAGCUCUGCUGAAUUAAUGAAACCCAAGUUUGCAGCAGGCGGGAAUCUGCUGUGAGGGGGGGGAAACUCCGACCACUUCUCCCUCUCACUCUGCAGUCGGAUUUCCUAUUGUCUUUAUGAACUUGGGGCGUUCAGGAGCUGACAAGUGUCUGGUAAAAUGCUCUCAGUGCAGCUGGCAGUGUUUGUUCAGUAAAACAGCCCAGCAAAUAGCUGUGCUCACUUCUAAUUUUCUAAAGAGAUUUCCUGCAGACAACGGGUUGUUCUCUGAACUGUAGCACCUCAGCCAGGGUAAAAACGUAUCCUUUAAAAAAAAAAAAAGAAAACCAACCAACCAAACCCCAGAGGCUGUGGGCCUUUAUACCACAGAAUACAGUGAUAAAGUCUCUUUUAAUCUUUCUCUUGUACAUCUUGUAUGCACUCCUUGGCCUGAUGGUGAGUGAGAGUUCUUGAAGAAAGGCAAAUAAACAGAAAUGUGCUUCCUGAUGU